GUUUGGUAUCACACUCUCCACACGGCGCCAUAUUAGACAGACAUUAUCCAGCGGUACAUGGCUGAGGACAGAGCCUAGGAAAAGGAGCAGUAAUCCGGGUGACAAGUGAGCACAGCCCUCGUACUGAACCACACUUUAGGGUACAUGCUGUAUGGUGUCCGACCUGUAACACGGUAAGACAUCCCGGCUGUUCGGUCCGAGGCGGGUUGUUUCCGUCGUUGUUGAGCUGACUCGCCGGCAGACAUGACUUCCCUCAAUCAGCGGAGCUCAGGCCUGGUGCAGAGGCGGACUGAAGCCUCACGCCUAGCCGCUGACAAGGACCGUCCGUCCGGUCAGGAGGAGGACGAGAACCGGCGGGGAGACGAGCAGGACGACGACGACACCGGAGACUCCAAAGAAACCCGUCUUACCCUAAUGGAAGAAGUGCUUCUGCUGGGACUGAAGGACCGAGAGGGUUACACCUCCUUCUGGAACGACUGCAUUUCUUCCGGGCUGCGCGGCUGCAUGCUGAUUGAACUGGCCCUGAGAGGACGCCUGCAGCUGGAGGCCUGUGGCAUGAGGAGGAAAGGUCUGCUGGCCAGGAAGGUGAUCUGUAAGUCUGACGCUCCGACAGGGGACGUCCUCUUGGAUGAAGCUCUGAAACACAUCAAAGACACGCAGCCUCCAGAGACGGUGCAGAGCUGGAUCGAACUUCUCAGCGGAGAGACGUGGAACCCUCUGAAGCUUCACUACCAGCUGAGGAACGUACGCGAGCGUCUUGCAAAGAACCUGGUGGAAAAAGGCGUCCUCACCACCGAGAAGCAGAACUUCCUGCUCUUCGAUAUGACCACACAUCCUCUGACCAACAACAACAUCAAGCAGCGGCUUAUCAAGAGGGUCCAGGAGGUCGUGCUGGACAAGUGGGUGAAUGAUCCCAAUCGGAUAGACAAGCGUCUGCUGGCACUCAUCUUCCUGGCCCAUUCCUCGGACGUGCUGGAGAACGCCUUCGCCCCGCUGCUAGACGACCAGUAUGACCUCGCCAUGAAGAGAGUGAGACUGCUGCUGGAGCUGGAGCCAGAGGGCGAGAGCAUGAAGACCAACGCCAACGAGCUGCUGUGGGCCGUGGUGGCUGCCUUCACUAAAUGAGGCUGAUACUAGGAUUAAAGACAGCAGUUUGAUAUUAAAGUGGCAUUGAACGCUGGGGAGUGACUUAAACCCCGACAUGGUGAUUUGAACGAAAACGGUUCACCUUGUCUGGAUUCUUGGAAUGGGCUACCCUCCUUUCUCUUUUUCUUUUCUUACCCCAUAAACUAUCGCUCCUCCGCCCUGCGUCGCCCCGAAAUGUAAAUUCUGAGUUCACUUUUGCUAAAAAAUAACAACUCUCAUGGAUCUUUAAUGGAGCAGACGAUGAUAAUUUAACUGAGGCUGAAAUCAAGAUGUCGAUUCAUAUCCUCUUUUCUUUUCUGUCGCUUUAUCUUUGUUUUCUCAGAGGUACUGUUUGUAGGAGAACACACUUGUGAAGGUACACAUCCACGUUCAGGUUCAGGAAGGAAAGGUUGUCUGUAGGUCUUUGACGGUCUUUGUGUUUUUCUUCUACUGAAUCCGAUUUAAAUGACUGAAGAAAAAAUAAUGUGGUGGAUCUAAAAGCCUGCUCAUCUAGAGACACGAGGGCUGCAGACUGGCCAGGGGGAGGGGCUCACCCCGGACAUGACGCCUGUUAAACAAGGCUGACACAAUGGGGUGCAAAGUCCGCUCCAACUGACCCUGCAUGUGCUUGGACCAUCGCAGGCAGAGAAUCCAGACUCAUCACAGGGAUGCUCCCCCUGCUGGAUCUGAACUGAGGAUUUUCUGGCUGUGAGGAGAGGGCGCUGACAGCAGAAAACCAUCUCUCCUAGCUUGAAGUUCUGUGGGACCCGAUUCGUUUGUCACCAGGACGAUAAUGAAGAUGUGAAUCAAAGCUAGCAGAACCCAAAGUUUGGGGAAGAUGAUGUGCUGAUUUUUAUGACAUCGGUUACAAAAGGUGUGUUCAGACCAAAAGUUGUUUUUUUGUAGACUGCUGUAAAACAAAAAGUCAAUGAAAAGAUCCAAAAUGCUUAAGAUGUACACAAAGUUUUGAAACACACACAAAUGUAUGUGACGCUGUUUUAUGAAACAACGCCCUGAUGUUGCUUCAGAGAUGCUUGAUCCAAACUCCAUUUUAAAAACUGAGCAUUUUAAAACUCGUUUGCUUAUUGUCGUGCUGUCAGACGGGAAAAAUCAGGAAUUGAGACUUUAUACAUUUUCUCAACAUGAUUUAGUUAUUUAAGCAUCUUUUCAGCCUGUUCAUUGUAAUUAAAUCAGAAUAAAAUCUGUUCAUUUUGGGUUCAUAGAUAGACAGGAGCUUCACGGCUGAACCGGUUGCUGGUGUACAUCGGAUAAAUCCUGGUACUGAUCCUAGCUUACAGGUCCUCAAACUAGGACCUGGUCAGCCUCAAGUAGCCGCGAGAAGCAGGAACGUUCACCCAGACACAGUUCAUGGAGGAGGAGGGAGAUUAACUCCGUUGAGAGAGAGAGAGAGAGAGAGAGAGAGGGAGAACAGGUGAUGAUAUGAACACAGACUGGAUUUUAACAAUAUUAUUUACACAGGUGACGCUUUUGGUCUGAACACACCUUCCACACAAGUCAAAUCUGUUUCAGAGUUUUGAAAACCUUUAAAGUAAAAAGAGAAAAUGAACGUCA